UAUGGUUUAUGUCUGAUUCCAUGAUACGCUUCGGUUGCAAUUACUGCUCUUGUGGUGUUGUUAAGACUUUCCUUAGCUAUGCCAGAAAAAUUUGCUCGUGAUGUUAUUAAAAUAUUUGUUGCCCAAACUUGUCUGGCUGUGGGCUUUCAGCAUAUUCAGGUUUCCGCUUGUGAGCUUUUAACUGAAAUUUUUUCUUUCUACGUGAAUCGAAUUGGAGUAGCUGUGGAGAAGAGAGCCUCUUUGUGCUCCCGAACCGAAGUCAACGCCUUGGAUCUGCUCGGAGCUUUGACUGAGGAUUUCGAAACUGGGCUCUCUCAACUACGCCAAGUUAUUGACAGUAUUGAAAUGUCCCCUUUACCUGCUCCAUCUAUGGCUUCAGCGAUAAAAGUCUCUCAGGAAAAUCGUUUAGUUUCACUUUCUCACUUGUCUUCUGAGGAGCGGGAUAUAUUUGAAGGCAAAUAAAGCUUGCUCUAUCCCUGUAAGCGUCGACGAUACCAUAAGCUUUGAAAUAACCGGAAGCUAUGGAAGCUGUGGCGGCUGCCAACUCCCCCCUCUUCCUAAGAAAAUUGUUCCAAUACAAAACCUUUCAUAUAAUGAAGUAUUUGAAACGAACACGGAAAAUAUAGAACAAUGCGCCCAAGUACUGCUUAACGAGUAUGACCAAGUAACUUACACAGAUAACCUAUCGUUCAUGUCACUUGGGGGCGUAGUCUCGCGAGAGGCUUACUCCAAUAAGAAGUCACCGCUUUCCAAUCUCCUUAAGAUUUGUUUCCCUUCCGGGAGUUUUGACGAUGGAGAGGGUCUUACAGACAUAUCCAGCGGUGCAGAGGACAGCGAUAAAGAGCAUAUAAUGGACAAAGAAGCCCUUAUGGAAGCAUCAGAGUCAUUCAAAAACUUGUUGCGAGACAUUGCCCAAUCGCCCUCGCCUCCCUCGUCGCCCGUACUUGAAAUGACUUCUGAAGGGCAAUCGGUUCCAACCCAUGCUGAUCUGCUGUUCGAAGGCAAGAAUAUAACAGAAGACGAUAUAGAAGACGAAAUCACGCUUUCGGAAUUAAUUAAACAGCGGAUUAAAAGGGAUCUCUCGGAAGUGCCCCAAAGAAUAACCCCCACAGGAAAUUCAUUCACUUCCGCGACUUCCGGUUUUGAAGCAAUACUUGACUUAAAAGAGCUUUUUACUGAAUCUCAUUUGCUUUCUAAAAUAGCUGAAGAUAAAUUACAAGCGAGUCACAAUGAAGACAGUGUGGAAAAGUCUCGGGAGGCGGUGUCAGUAGACGCUAAAAUGCUUGAGGGCUCUAAUUUGUCUAAUAUUGCCGGUAAUGCAACAUCUCUACGCGAUGCUGGUAGCAAAAAUAACGAUAGGGUCUGCCGUGACAGCGGUGUUAACACCAAUACUUUCAGCACAACUGAUUGUAAUAACUUAAAUGCGACUUCCAUAAUUAUGGAGGUUUUUCCCCAAUUUAACCUGGAAAGUCCUUUAACAAUUCCAAGUGUGGCAGUGGAACCCAUUAGUGUAAAGGGCCUGAAAGAGGAGAGUAGCGCGAGCAAAGAAAGCAAUUGUAAGGGGAAUGACGAGAGUGCAGUCGCUAGAAUGUCACUUUACCAUUCUAUAGCUAACGAUGUAAGCACUGAUGAAGACCAUCUUGGGCUGUUACAUCUAGUUAUAAAAAAAAGAAAAGAGCAUAAACAGCGAAAAAAAAUUAAAGAAAGAUCUAACAAGGUAUCCAAUGAAAGUCACGAAGCCCAUGAACAAGUAGCGAAAGAGGUUAAUGAAAAAGUUGCUAACAAAAAAAAUAGAAAAAGUGAAAAUAAACUAAAAGUUGAAAUGCCGGAUAGCAAUACUAAAAGUAGGAUGUUUCGCAGUAGAACACCGUUCACAGAUGAAGAGGAAAAAGCAAAGAAGGCACACAAGGAAACGCUGCCCGAAAAGGAGCCAGUAUCAUGCGGUAUUUGUGCGUUUCCUUCGAACGGCCUCCCCGUAGCCACCUGCGAAAAUUGCAAGAACUGGUAUCACAUCGCAUGUGCCGGCCUCGACGAAGCCGUUCCCACAGACUACGGCACUAGCUGGUUUUGUCACAAUUGCAAUAAGAGGAAAAGAAAGGCUUGCCCCUACAGCUAAACAUCCACUACACCGCAUACAAGGUGAUCUGUGGUUACCCGCCCGUAUGUCUUCCCUCAUCCUACGAGACUUAUAACAAUCUAAGUCAUCAGUUUGUGGAUAAUAAUUCUACUUCCUUAACUAUCGGAAUAAAACAGAUAAAAAUUAUUUUUAUUAUAUUUUCCGGAUGCACA